GGUGCUUACCUCUGAUGAGAGCAACACCGCUGAAGGCACAAGUCAACCCUUGCUGCCUGAUGUAUGGUAUCGUAUCAUGUAUCAUAUCAUCCUGCUCCCUGUAUUGUAAUUCUCUGCCCACUGCCCUGGGUUGAAAGUUGAAACCUGCAAAGUGGUCGCCUUUAAGCAAAAAGGAGGAGUUGAAAAGGUUGCAAGAUCUUAGUUAUAUUUCACGGGGUCAAUCCAUCCAUCCAUCAAUAGCCGCACUACUGUCUUCUCUUCUCCAGCGGACAGGUAAUAACUACCUCAGGCGUCCGAUCAACUUGCCUAGAUCCACUAGACGUUAUCAUCUUCGACCUAGGAGUACCUACCUAGUGGCUGACAAGCUGCAGACCAGGUGCUCGAUCAUAUGUUUGGCAGAGGCCCGCAUUCUCUUUCGCGUUGCGAGUGAUAGUGUUUGGACAAUCAUUUGGUUUGGGAAUUGAGGCCACAGGUGUCUUGUUAAGCAGGGAGGAGUGAAGAACAUGAAUUGCAUCUGGCAAUUAUGCUUUUUGGGCUUUCGUCGAAAAAAGAAUAAUAUGCUUCCCGCGUUGUGUAUGAUGGUGUGCCCAGAUGAACACAUUUGCCUUUCCGGUUCCCAUCACUCGAUUCAUCUGAUGAUUCUGCUUUAAUUUCUCCCAACAAGUGUCACUUCGUUAUCCCUUUUUUUUCUCCAUCUUCUUUAUUCGUUCAUUUCUGUUAUUGUCAGUCUGUGUUAAUCAACAGGAAUAACUGCACAAAAUGCAGCUCCCUGAAAUGAAUGGUUCUUCAUUGAACUCAGCCAUUUUGCACAAGGCAAUUUUAACAUCAGUACAAGAGCUGCUGCAUGCAAGAUAUACACGAGGUAUCAUUCCAACCCACCACUUUCCAUUUAGUUUUCAUGUUCAGUUACAGUUAUGAAGAUACGGUAAGCCGAAGCACGAGGCAGAGCAACCAGAGGAUCCCUGACUCACUCAUCAUUAUGAGCUUGAAUCCUAUGCUGUGCUAAGAUAAGUCAACAAAAGCCUCUCAUUAUCGACUCCACUUACGCUCUGCAAAUGGCAUGGCAUGUAGAGCAGACAGGACAUGUUUCUGCAUCGCCUAUCAUCGGCUUACUCCUUAAGCACUAAGGAAGAAAUCUGUACCAAAGGGCAGUUAUUCCAGUGACUUUUAUAUCAUGAUGGUUUUUAGAUAGGACAAGAUACUCUUGGGUGAGCAGCUAAUCGUUAUACUCUUGCUUUGCAUGCAAUUAGGCAGGCCAAUCAUGGAGGAAUGGAACUUACUUAGGGGGCUAGCCGAUAUAUAGAACGCAAGGAGAACACAAAUUUUACUGUGCCACCACAACAAACACUUCCUGAUGGUUGGACAAUGUUGCAGACACAGGUAGUAGUGAAGUACCAGAGCUACAGCUUGGGAGAGGCCAUGAAGAGUUCUUCAGUUGCACCAAGCCUGAAACAGAAGCAAGGAGAUGCUAGCAAACUGCAGGAUGGUGUCCCCAACAACCUUGAGCUUAGGCUUGGCAUCUCUUCAGACAAUGGCCUGAGUAGUGGUGGUGGUGGUGCUACUACUCCAUGGCUUGGUGUUGGAGUGCACCCUUGGAGCCUGUCCGCCAGGCAAGACAAGGCAGCCCUGGAACAACCUCAGCAGAGGCCUAAUGAGUGUCCUGCCCACAGAGAAGAUCGACCUCAACUGGUCGGAUGGCCACCGGUGCGCACAUUCCGCAAGAACCUGUCUGCCACAUCCACGAGGCCUGCAUAUUCUGGAGACCUGAGCAAAGUGGAACCAUGCUAUGAAGAAGAAGACCAUGGAAACAUAAACACUGGAGUUUCAGUACAAGAGAGGCCAGCCAUGUUCGUGAAGGUGAACCUGGAAGGGUACGCUGUUGGGAGAAAGAUUGACCUGAAGGCACACCACGGCUACGGCUCGCUGUCCGGUGCUCUGCAGAGCAUGUUCCAUGGCUUCUUGUCAGAUGGCCAUGGGAGGAUUGCAACCAGAGAGGAUGAAGAGCAGCUGGAAUAUCACAAGGGCAAGGGCACGAUGAAGAACUACAUCCUUCUGUACGAGGACAACGAGGGCGACCGCAUGCUCGUCGGUGACGUUCCGUGGGAGCUGUUCGUCGCUUCGGUGAAGAGGCUCUACAUUGCCAAGGACCCUAGAGCUGACAAAAGCAACAAGAAGUAGAACAACGGAUGAUCAGGUGUGAGGCAGUUCCUGUGCAACUAGCGGACUGCAAAUGACAACAGGAAAUUUCAUAGCCCCAACCUGCAUGGAUCUCUCUCGUGGAUCAUGCAGAUAUGGUCUUCCCCUCUAAUGAGCUCACCUGUGGUGUGUCUAGGGGCAUAGUGCGAUUAAUUACUGUAGGAAGUUUUGCUUGUGCAAUCGAAUAGAUAGUGGAUUAGCUAAUGUUCAUGUAAAAUAACGCAAGGUGUAAUUAUGUACUGUACCAUAUAUGGUGAAAUAGGUAGUACGGCAACGGUA